AUGUUUGUUUUUUUAAAGGUUAAUUUUAUCUUUCCGGAAACAUCAACUCAAUUUGAUGUAACAUGUCUUUAUAUGCUUCAAUUAGCUACAAUUUUAUCAAUGGUUAAACCAUGGAAAAAUCGUGCUACAUUACGUGUUUUUCUUUGUAUUGAUGCAAUUAAUGAUAAUGCACUUCGUACUCAACAGCAUCUUGAUGAAUUACUUAGUCAACUUCGUAUAAAUGCUCAAACACGUAUGAUUGCUUGGGAAAAUGUUACAGGUCUGCUAAAUAAUACAUCAACAAUAAAUGAUAGUGCAGCAACAAUACCUGUUGAACAACAAUCAACAACAACAACAACAACGGCAACAACAACAGCAGCAACAACAAAUUCCUUUAUUGAUAUAAAUGAUGUUUAUGUUCGUGGUGUUAAUGAGCUUAUUCGACAACAAUGUGACAAUACAUCAUGUCUUUAUUUAUAUUUACCACGACCACCAAAAGAUAGAAAUCUUUCACCACGUUAUAUGCGUGUUCUUGAUAUUUUAUCAAAUGAUUUACCACCUGUUAUGUUUGUUCAUGGUGUUUCAUCUGUGACAUGUACUCAAUUAUAA